CAUAACAUCAACAACAACACCAUGGCUGCGAAAGCAGCCGUUGGAGCGACAGUUCGGGCAGUUUCUAAAAAACGUUUGACUCCACAGCGGGCACCUCUUGUUCUGACUUCUGCUGCUGUGUCUAAAGUCAAAGCACUAUUAAAGGAGAAACCUGAUAUGCUCGGCUUAAAAGUGGGAGUUCGCACACGAGGUUGCAAUGGUUUGUCCUACACCUUAGACUAUGCCACAGAAAAGGGCAAGUUUGAUGAGGAAGUUGUACAAGAUGGAGUGAAAGUAUUCAUUGACUCCAAAGCACAGCUAACAUUACUAGGAACAGAAAUGGACUAUGUGGAAUCCAAACUUACUUCUGAAUUUAUAUUUAACAACCCCAACAUAAAGGGAACCUGUGGAUGUGGUGAAAGUUUUAAUGUGUAACUAAGGUUUGUUGUAUACAGUUCAGUUAUGUAAAGUUUAUGCUCUGAUUUAUACAUUAUCAGUAAUAUGUGAAAGCACAGUCUAGUUGUUUUAGUGGGAGGAUAUGUUCUACUGGGACUGCCUGUACAGAUCAUCACUUUUAGUGUAGUACUGUACAAACCCAGACUAAAAGUUGUACUGUUUGUACUGUAUAUCAACUGUUUUAGUUAGGUACAUUGUGUGUGUGUACUGUCUGAACUUGUUGGAACAGUUCGACUGUUUCAUUACAGUACAAAACGAGCUUCUUUUCAGUUUUCUUGGUUGUCUGCCUCUAGCUUUUCCCACUGGACCAGUUCAGAAAUGGCUUUUGUCUAGUCCUGGUCUGAAGAAAUUUUUCUGCUCUGUACAUACAUUUAAAAAAAAAAAUGCAUAUCUGCAAAGCUCAGCAAGAGUCUCAAUUUGUUAUUUUCACACCAAAUGAUUUGGUUUUAUAGUGACUUUGCUGGUUCUUGAAUGUAUUUCGCGUGAUUUGAGAUACUGUUAUUGUGUCCAUCAUCUCCAAGAUGCUGUAUCUGCAAUACUCUAUUUUCCUCAUUUAUGAUCCAAUUUUCUCACUAGAAAUGGAUGGGUUGUCUUGAUGACCUGUUGAUCUACUUGUAGGCUGGGAAGAACAUUGCCCUUCCCAGGUGUAGACCUUGGAUGGUUAUUCCUGAAGAUUUGUAUUAACCUGGCCUGGUUCUCACUGGUUCCAAUCCCAUUUAUGUCAGUCUUCAAAAGGGUCCUUAAUGGCCCCAAUAGGGGGAAAUCAUUUCUAAAUUUUGCAUGUUUUACCAGGCAAAAAUGUAGGUCAACGUCUUGAAAAAUAGCCUCUAAAACAUCUCCACGAAGGGAGACAAAUCUUGUAUCUCCUUGCUCACCAGUCUUUUUCUGUGUGCGCUUGUGGAAUGAUUGUAUUAUCACAACACAGUUCACACCAGUAAAUGUGCCAUGUAAAAGUAUGCUUGUGGUGAAUUAACAGAGAGAAACAGAGAAUCUUUGGCAUGAUACAUUUAGUAUCAUAAAGUUGAGUUAUUUUCAGAACAUUAUAAAACAUUCGAGAGAUUUACAGCUCAUCACAGCUGGAUGGCAAAAUAGAGGUACAUGUACUGUUGCCACAAUUUAUCUUGCUGGUUUUGUUGCCGUUGUUGGUUAAAGAAUAGUCAUUAUAGGCGACAAGCUACAAAGAGGUAUUGUUACCACCAUUUAGCUUACUCUUUUUGUUUCCUAUUGAUAUACAGGAACUUUUUGUUGUUUUAUGUGACAUAGGUAUGCACACACGAGUAUGGUUUUACAGCUGCUUUCUAUUUUUGGUGGAUUAACAACGUGUAUCCUAAUACAAACUUCAGGGUUUAAUAUUUGUAAAAAUUUGUACUUAAAAAGGGAAGAUGGUGAAAAGGGAAGUUUGUAUGAAAUUUGUGCUAUUUUUGAUUGUUGAAUGGAUUGUACAGUAUAUUACAAUGUGUGUUCUGUUUUCUCAGUGCUCAAUGUAGUCAAUGGUCUGUUGACGAUUCUGUUGAUGAUCUAUACCUGGGGUCACUUUGACAGACUGCAACUAACAUUACCUUGACCAAAAACCAAAAUCCAGUGACGAAAUGCAUACUGUAUUCGUGGCUCUAAGGAUGUAACUUACGUCAAACACUACAUAUACUGCGGAGAUACGUCCCAUGAUCGUAACAUGAUCAUAGCUUUGCAUUUCUGAAGAAAUACCUCAACAUGGAAAAGGCGUUUACGUACACUUCUGUAACUUCUGUAAACAACUUUGUAAGCUGGUUUCCAGUGUACUUACUUGCAUUAUGGUCUGUGUGCACUUGUAAAAUGGACCCUAGGUAAUAACUGGCAUUGUUGAUUGUAUCCCAGUUUGAAGAUCAUUAGCAUACCAUUGAAUUUUUUUUGUAGAGAAUAUUAUACAUACUCAGAGAAAACAUGUUGAUAGCUUAAAAUCUUUGCACCAGUAUAAACUAGGCCUUGUGUGUGGUGUAAUAUUGUUAAUCUGAUGAGUUUCUUUACAAUUCACUGAAUGUCCAAUGAACAAUUGUUUAGAAAUAUACUGUAUAUUUUAAGAAAUUGUUUGCGACCUUUGAAUUCAUGAAACAGUAUUUCAUUUUUUAAUGACUGGGUCGGAUUUACUGUUAAUCUGCUUUGGUUGUAUUUUGUUAUUAAUUAACAAUGGAACAGAUGAGACAACAUAUAGAGAGGAAUAAUAAGCACGAAGCAUAAUAUCUUACACAUGUCUUAUAUUUAUUUAUUUAUUUGAUUGGUGUUUUACGACGUACUCAAGAAUAUUUCACUUAUACAACGGCAUUAUGGUGGGAGGAAACCAGGCAGAGCCCGGUGGAAAGCCACGGCCAUCCACAGGUUGGUGCCAGACCUUCCCACGUACGGCCGAAGAGGAAGCCAACAUGAGAUUUACUUGAACUCACAGCGACUGCAUUGGUGAAACACAUGGCUUAUAAGUGUUGAUGUUUUUAAGUAACUGCUGUAUAUAAGGGCCAGUGCAAAUGCUGACUUCAAUAAUAAGAAGGCCAGCUUGUGCUCAAAAUAUGUUUUCUUUGUGAUUACCUCCAUAAGAGGCUUCUGAUAAAUGUGUGUUCAGCAGUAGUGCUUACUUGAUUGAAAAAUAACCAAAUGGUAUAGUUAGUUGUUCUUUUUGUCCAUUGUACAAGAAUUACGUAUGUGUACCAAAGCGUUAACUUGGAAACGCAACUAUGUAAUAGGUUUGACAGAUUUUUGUAGAUAACAGUGCUUUAGGAUGUGCAUAAUUAGUAAGAAAACAAAGGAAGGACAAAACCAUUGACACAUAUUCUGUUCGAAACACUUCUUUCACUGCCCCUUUUGAAACGACAGUACAUUUUGAGUCAAGCUUCAGGUAUCUAUAGAAUGUGUUGAUUCUACGUCAUUCCUUAAUACUCGUGCUACAGUGCAUUGUCUAGUAGUUGUGUUUCAUAUCCUUAUGGUAUACGAGUUAAAUGCUAACGGACAUGUAUUUUCUGGUUUUCGGUUUCCUGCUUAGUUUAUCUAUAAGACAGGUCACACACACCCUAUAUAUGCUCAAAACAAUAUCUCACUGUAAGGAUCUGGAAUUCUAUUAUUUUAAUAUCAUAAUGGACAGUACUUUAUACGGCUCACCCACAAGCCUGAUCACCAAGCUAUUUUUGACUUUAGUAAGGUUUAUAGUAUCAGAGAUGUUAUUUAGCCAUUUAAUUCCCAAAUCAGCCUUUAGUUUAUAUUUGUGAGUUUCCUCUGAGCUCUGCUCGGCUUCCUUUCACCAUGGCAUAAUGCUGUCCGCCGUCGUAUAAUUAAAGUGAAGAAGUACGUUGUAAAACGCCAAAUCAAACAAAUGAGUAAAUAUUCAGACAUUUUUAAAAAUGGAUUUUUUGAUCGGCUUUUAGCAAUUACGCGCUUGUGUGAGAAAGUUGGAGAGUACUACAUCGAGGAAGUCAUAUACAUGCGGUUGCUGAUUUUAUAUAUGUAGUUCAACAGUUGUAUAUAGACUAACCCAAGAGAAACUCGAAAUUUCUGAUGGAAGGAGAUGUAACAUUAUAUUAUAAUGAUGACGCGCAGUUAGUGCGUAAUGCCAAAUAAAUGAUACGAACCCAUUACAGACCUGUUUUCUUUUAUGUACUACGCUGUAAUCCAACCUUUUCUCUUUUUGCAAGGUCUUUAUUCAGACAUAUACGUAUUAUUCUAUGUAGAUGGAUAAAAUUAUAUUUUUGUAAAGCCCUAAAACUGGUCAAACCAACCAACGUAGUUUUGUCUUCAAAUCGAAUUA